AUGGUUGCCUGUUUCGCCACCUUACUCCCUCUGAGCGCGAUCCUUGUCGAAAUAGCAUACGCAUCCAGAUGCUCGCCAGCCUUCAUGAAGAGACCGGACCUGCCCGGUGCUUCAAUUCUGAACAUUGAAGCACAUGAAGCCCACAACUUUUCCGCUGUCAGCCUGGCUCCAGGUAGUAAUGAAGGCGGUCUAUAUACCAUUAGUUUUUGCAAUAUCACGGUCACUCACACCCAUCCUGGCUGGAAUGACACAGUUCAUACCCAAGUCUGGCUCCCCCUUGAGAGAUGGAAUGGCAGGUUUCAAGCCCUAGGUGGUGGAGGGUACAGCGUCGAUCUAGGCUCCACCUACCUCACAUACGCAGUUGCAAUGGGGUUUGCAUCCGCCUCCACGGAUGGAGGCCUACCUUCAGGAAACGGGAAGGGCAGCAUUCCUACAGAUCUCUCCUGGGCGCUUAGUGGCGAAAACAAUGUGAACUGGCAGCUCCUCGAAAAUUACGCCUCAAAGGCAACAAAUGACAUGGCUAUCAUAGGGCAGCAGAUUACCAAGUCCUACUACCAAAAAGCUGCAAACUAUUCAUACUUCACCGGAUGCUCCGGCGGCGGCCGCCAAGGACUUCUAAUGGCACAAAAGUUUCCGAACGUUUUCGAUGGGAUCUUAGCAGUUUCGCCGGCCAUCAACAUGCAAGCCUUCAUUCCAGCAGGCCAGUGGGCCUCUCUAGUAAUGAAGGAAACCGGGGUCUUUUUGUCGCCCUGUGAGAUCAAGGCAUUCACACAGGAAGCCGUUAAAGUGUGUGAUCAUUUGGAUGGAGUUGAGGAUGGAGUUAUUAGCUACCCAGACAGCUGCCAUGUCAAGGCCUCUGACUUUGUUGGGAAGAAUUACACUUGUGACGGAGUCCAAAAAGCUUUCACUGCUUCCAGCGCGCAGGUAAUCGAAGCUGCGUGGUCCGGUUCUCGCUCUGUCUCUGAGAGGUAUGGGUGGUAUGGUGUCAAUAAGGAUGCAUCAAUCGACACAUCCUAUGUGUCUACCGAAUGUUCUGCGAACAAUACAUGCCACAGUAGUGGAAGUGACUUGUUUGUUAGCUGGCUGAAAUAUCUUGUUGCCAAGGACCCAAGCUUUUCAAGUAGCAACAUGACGCGAAAUGAGUUUUUUGAAGCCCUCCACACUUCAAUAGCGGAUUACACGUCGAUUCUCGGAACGAAUGACCCCGAUCUCUCCAAUUUCAAAGCAAACGGUGGUAAAAUAAUCACCUGGCACGGACUAGCCGACGAAGUUAUCCCACCAAAUGGCACCAUCGCAUAUUAUGAUAAAGUGCUAAAGAACGACCCCAAAGCUCAUGACUUCUAUUGCUUCUUUGAAGCGCCUGGACUUGGUCACUGUUACGGUGGGCUCGGUCCUUAUCCGAACGGCGCCAUGUCCCAGCACAUUGACAGAAAAUCGCAUGUCCGCUACGAUUAG